CCACCCUCCUCACACAGGACCUCAAUGAAGCUGAACCCCUCGUCUGUGCUGAAGAACUCAAGUCCCCAGCACAAGAAGGAACUUUCCACCUCGGAGGGAACAUUGCGCCGGGCUGUGCUGACAUGAGAAGCUGCUGAUAGUCGGGGGACAAUUAGUCAGCAUGGCGCUCAGUGAAAGGCUUACACAAUGCCAUAGGAACCAUCAGCAAUGGAAGAACAGUUUGUCAUGGAUUUUCCUGGCACUUAUGCUAGCAGGGUUGCUCUCCAAGACUGUUGAUGCUGGUGGCAAAUCAUACACAGGACCUUGCGGUGGACGAGAUUGCAGUGAAGGAUGUCAGUGUUACCCAGAGAAAGGAAGCCGUGGACAACCAGGACCACUUGGUAAUCAGGGCGUCUCAGGGCCACCAGGACUUAUUGGAAUAGAGGGAUUACCAGGUCGUAAAGGAGACAAAGGUGAAAGAGGUCAUCCAGGGGUCACUGGACCCCUUGGAGAUAAGGGUCAAAGUGGUGUCACAGGAUUUCCUGGAGCAAAUGGUGUACCUGGUCAUGUUGGACAAGGUGGUCCAAGAGGAAAGCCAGGAUUUGAUGGUUGCAAUGGAACAACGGGAGAUGCUGGCGAGGCUGGGCCAAGCGGUCCAAGUGGUUCUGCAGGCUAUUCUGGUGAACAAGGUCUCAAGGGUCAGAAAGGUGAACCUUUUUAUAUAUCAACGGACCUUAAAAAUAAAAUUAGGGGGGAUCCUGGUGAACUAGGAAUUAUUGGAGUUCCCGGUCCCAGAGGAUCUCCUGGAGUUAUGGGAUUCAUUGGCCCAAUGGGUCAACCUGGAUAUCCUGGACCUCCAGGCCCUCCAGGACCACAAGGACCACAAGGCAGUAAAGGCCUUGGAUUUUAUGGACCGAAGGGAGAACAGGGUGAACAAGGCAGCCCCGGACCCCCAGGCCUUCCAUGCCAGAUAACAGGUGAGCCACGAGAUCUAGGACCCACAGGUGCACCAUGCCAUGAAGAGUUGGUCGAGCCAUCUGAUAUAUCCUUAAUAGAUUAUCUGGGAGAAACCGGUGAGAAAGGGGAAAAAGGAAAUCCUGGAUUAAAAGGACAAAGGGCUUUUUACGGAGAAAAGGGAGAAGACGGUGUAAUGGGUUUCCCCGGAGCAAGGGGUUUUUCUGGCAGCGAUGGACAGCCCGGUGACCCCGGAAAUGAUGGACUGCCUGGAAUAAGUGGUUUUCCAGGGACACCUGGCUUUAGAGGAAUGAAGGGAGAACGUGGUGGAAUAGGUGCUCCAGGACCUAUUACCUAUGCUACACAUCCAGAAACGCAAAAAGGAUCAAAAGGAGAUGUUGGCUUCCCUGGAAAUGCUGGGUCAGAUGGCGAAAGAGGCGAUAUAGGAGAUACUGGACCUCCAGGUUUAAUGGGAAGGCCAAGUCCAUUCCCUGGACAACCAGGCUAUCCAGGCCUAAAAGGUGAAAGAGGUCACAAAGGAUAUCAAGGGGAUCCUGGUUUUCCUGCCUUUCAACCUGGAAUUGAUGGAGAACCUGGAGAACCUGGACAACGAGGAUCUCCUGGAUCACCCGGAUAUCCUGGUGGACGCAUUGGACGCAAAGGUUCGCCAGGACCUCAGGGGCGAGAUGGUCAAAAUGGAUUUCCUGGCCUAGCUGGCUUAAAAGGACACAAAGGGGAACAAGGUGAAUGUAAAUGCUUUUCUAGUGAUGAAGCUUCAAGAGGGCCUGCUGGAGAGCCUGGACCUGUAGGAUUUCCAGGCUCACCGGGUGAAUCUGGUAGUAAAGGAGAAAGGGGAGAUAGAGGAGUUCCUGGUGUGCCUGGAGCACCAGGUAUAGAGGGACUUCCAGGCCUGAAUGGUCUUCCUGGGCAUGCUGGAGAGAAGGGAGACACAGCGUUUGCUACAGAGAAAGGUGCAAAGGGCGCUCUGGGAGAUCCUGGUUUACCUGGCACUGUAGGAUUUGAAGGACCUCCAGGAAAAGAUGGAUCCUAUGGAAUUCCUGGCUUCCCAGGUCCUCCUGGCGAUGCUGCGAAAGGACUAAUUGGCGACCCUGGAUUUCCAGGACCUCCAGGUCGUGAAGGUGUGAGAGGUGAGACUGGCCGACCAGGUGUAGGAUUUCUAGGCCCUAAAGGCAUACGUGGAGCCCCUGGGCCACCAGGACCAGAUGGACCUCCUGGAAUUUCAGGACUGCCAGGUUUACCAGGUGAUUGCUUUAAAGAGUCUGCAGAUGAACAAACAGAGUCUGGGCUCCAAUUUAUUUCUUCCUCCUACCAUCCCACUGAUCAACUAUCCCUUGCUUUGCAACGGAACGCCGUGCCUGGGGAUCCAGGAUAUCCAGGCAAUGGAUGUAUUUUAACUCCACCACCUGCACCAGCAGGAGCCCCAGGACCACCAGGAUUGCCAGGAUUUAAAGGCUUCAGAGGCCUGAAAGGCCAGCCAGGGUUACCGGGUUCAGAUGGCAUCAAAGGUUUUAAAGGAAUCAGAGGUGAUCCUGGACCUGACAGCUUGCCAGGGCCACCAGGAUUUCCAGGGAGAAGAGGAGACCGUGGUACUCCUGGAUUACCAGGUUUGCCUGGUCUACCUGGCCUAGAGGGUAAUCCAGGUUUUAAAGGAUUUGAUGGUCAGCAAGGUGGCCCAGGUGAUGUUUUGGGUGCUCCUUCAGGACUUCGGGGAGAUGUUGGAUUUCCUGGUUUCCCAGGUCUAAAAGGCAAGCAAGGCGAACCAGGUUUACCAGGACUGCAAGGCAUCGAUGGUAUAUCUGGAGUUCAAGGACAAAAAGGCAUUCAAGGUGAUCCUGGAAUUUCGGGUGCUCCAGGCUUGCCAGGACUAUCAGGUAAUGGUGGAUUUCCAGGAAUGCCAGGAAAACAAGGAACCCCAGGAACAGUCGGAUCCUCUGGACUUCCAGGAUCUCCUGGACCAAGAGGAGAUGAAGGUAUGAGUGGUAGCCCUGGACAAUCCUUGAUAAAAGGGCAACCAGGAGAUGCAGGAAAUGUAGGCUUUAUUGGUAUAAGGGGAAGACCAGGAGAUCCAGGUUUUCCUGGUUUGAUUGGGAUGGACGGACACCCUGGUGUGAAAGGAGCAAAGGGAUCACCUGGCAUGGCAGGAUUUGAAGGUAUGAAGGGAGAGAAAGGAAGACCUUCAUGGAGUGGACCUAAAGGGCAAUCUGGCAAUUCUGGUGUACCAGGAGUUACAGGGCUUCCAGGAGAACCGGGCACAAAAGGCAAUCGUGGAGAAACUGGCCUACCAGGACCUAAACCUGACAUAAUGCCAAUAUUAAUGGAAAUGAAGGGACAGAAAGGAGAUUUUGGUAAUUCAGGAUUUAAAGGAUUCGAAGGGUUUAAAGGAUCUAAAGGUAUGCCAGGUCAUCCUGGACAACCUGGACAGCCCGGUUUACCUGGAAUGCCCAACUAUGAGCAAGGUGAAAAAGGAGAAAGUGGAGUAUUUGGGCACCCUGGAUUUCCAGGAGUUCCAGGCCAGGUUGGGCCACCAGGCAUUCGUGGAUUCCCAGGAUUUACUGGUCCCAGAGGUUCGAAGGGAAUGCCUGGUAUUUUUGGCCUUCCAGGUGAAAGAGGUAGCUUUGGAGAUAAAGGACAAAUUGGAGACACCAUAGACAUGCCUGGAGAGAGAGGAUUCAAGGGUCUGAAAGGAAACAGUGGGUUUCCAGGACUCAGAGGAAGACCUGGAGACAAGGGAUUCCAAGGAAAUGCAGGGUUUUCAGGCAUUGAAGGAAUGAAAGGAGAAACAGGACAACCAGGAGAAAGGGGCAACAUAGGUUUACCAGGUCUUCUGGGUCUACCUGGAGCACAGGGUGAUCCUGGAUUCCCUGGCAUUCCGGGUGGACAAGGAAGUAGUGGCAUUCAAGGGUUGCCUGGCCAGCAAGGCUUUCCUGGACUCAGAGGAAUCUCUGGGCUCGAGGGUCUGACAGGGACUAAGGGACAACAAGGCACAUCAGGCACAGAUUCAUUUGGUGCAUCAGGUGUAAAAGGCCCCAUAGGUGAGAAAGGCAACCAGGGUGAGCAGAGUAAUGUUGUUGGAUUACCUGGAAAUACUGGUGCAAAAGGAGUCAAAGGAGAGCCAGGUUUACCUGGUUUUAUGGGUUUACGUGGAUUAGAUGGUGUCCGUGGCGUUCCUGGUGUUUCUAACUACUCAGGAAGCCCAGGAGAUGUUGGGUCUUCGGGUCCUCUAGGGCUACCAGGCUACCCAGGUCCCCAAGGAAGACCAGGUGCACCCUCACGACCCGGAGUUAAAGGAGAGUCAGGACCCCAAGGUUUAGAAGGAAAAGUGGGUGAUAAAGGAAUUCCAGGUGAUAGAGGACCACAAGGAUUUACUGGUAUCCCUGGUUUUCCUGGAGGGAAAGGUGGGAUGGGUGACCAAGGUAAUGAAGGUGGAUUUGGAUUACCUGGAUUCCCAGGAGACAGAGGUCCUAAAGGACCAAAGGGUAACCGGGGGCCACAGGGUCUGCAGGGUGAACCUGGAUCAACAGGGUUAGCAGCUGAACCAUUACGUAUGGAAGUGGAACCUGGUCCUAUUGGUAUAACAGGAAUUAUAGGUCCUGAAGGCAGCAGGGGAGACAUGGGACCCCAUGGUCUUGUUGGAGAUAAAGGUGCACAGGGUCAACCGGGUAGGCAAGGUGUUCCAGGUAUAGCUGGAAGGUCUGCAGUACCUGGCGGUCGUGGAGACAUAGGGAUUAUAGGACAAAGGGGUCCUCUAGGAUUUAAAGGAAACCCUGGGGUACCAGGUACUGUUGGGUUGCCAGGCAUGCCAGGAAGAAGUGUGAACAUAGGCUAUCUCCUUGUAAAACACAGCCAGACUGACCAAGAGCCAAUGUGUCCUGUUGGCAUGGCUAAACUGUGGAGCGGAUACAGUUUGUUGUAUUUGGAAGGACAGGAGAAAGCACACAAUCAAGACUUAGGUCUGGCUGGAUCUUGUCUCCAGCGCUUUAGUACAAUGCCUUUCCUAUACUGCAACCCAGGUGAUGUGUGCUAUUAUGCCAGUCGCAAUGAUAAAUCUUACUGGCUAUCAACCACAGCUCCUCUUCCAAUGAUGCCUUUAGUAGAAGAAGAAAUUAAACCCUAUAUAAGUCGCUGUACUGUCUGUGAAGCUCCUGCAGUUGCAAUUGCUGUCCAUAGUCAAGAUGCUUCCAUCCCAUUCUGUCCCGAUGGUUGGAGAAGCUUGUGGAUUGGAUACUCAUUCCUUAUGCACACAGCCGCAGGUGACGAGGGAGGUGGACAGUCUCUUUCAUCUCCUGGCAGCUGCCUAGAAGACUUCAGAGCAACCCCAUUCAUUGAGUGCAAUGGUGGUCGUGGAACUUGCCACUAUUUUGCUAACAAAUACAGCUUCUGGCUUACAACUAUUGACAAGACAUUCCAGAGCUCGCCGUCUUCAGAUACACUGAAAGCUGGCCUGAUUCGAACUCAUAUCAGCCGCUGCCAAGUUUGCAUGAAAAAUCUGUAAAAUGAGUUCUAUGUAGAUUAUCUUUUUAUAAGAAAACAUUUAACAGAUGUAUUAUUGGUGCUCAAUGUUAACUUAUUACCUCACUAGUCGAUUUCACAUUUGUUCAGAAAAUAUUGUUUUUCACCCAAUUAUCGUUAUGUCAUUACAGACAAUGCCAUUCAGACGCCAUUCAUACAUAUUUCAGUAAUAUCUGCUCAGUAUUUUACUUGUUUUUAUAGACAAAAUAAAAUAAGUGAUACAUGAAUAAUUCGCCUGAUGUACUUAACAUUUUUAUUUUUGUACCUUCCCUGUUCUGAUUUGAAUUGACUAGGACCAGUGUGGAUCAUAUUGUUGAGUAGAAACAAUUGAAGCUCCUCGCCAUUUAGUCAUUUCCUGUAGGGCAUCAAUGAUAACAAAAGCUCUUCUGUAAAUGGGCAACAUUUGCUGCAUGUUAAUAGGCAUUGUGCCAGCUUCUGUUGGUGCUUCCUACUCUGCUGCCUGUAGGGCAAAAGUAGAGAAAUGAUUUUACUCUUCACUCAUUAUUAGAUUACUUAUAAUAAAAACCCACAACACUCACACUCACCAUGGAUCUUCAGAAUCUAAGUAUAGAAUACUAUGGGAGUUUGCUUUUGUUUCACUGGAACCGAGGCUGGUCCAGAUGAACGGCCAAAAUUGAAAACUUAAAAUGUGGCCACAUUAGACCCAUAUCAAAGUGGCCUUGCAUUGUAUUCCAGCAGCCAGGGCAUGUGUUAUACUUCACAAUGGGCAGAGGUAAUUAGAGACCAUUCAGCACCACACUGGUUGUAGAUCUUUUUGUACUGUUCUUUUUUGUCUCUUCUUUACUGCUUUUCAAUAUAACCACUAUGUAGGGACAUAGUCUUUACAACACUGUAUUGUAAACCUUCAUUUUUUAAUAUAUCUUUUGGCUCUCAAGCAAACCCUUUAUCAUUUAAAUUUUAUCAUUCAAAUGUUAUCAUUUGCACGUAAUGGUUUUAACAGUCCCAGAAGCAUUCUCUAAAAUGACAACAUAAAUAAGCAAAUACAAUAUCUGUACUGUACAUAGAGUUUACUGGAAAAAGAAAACUGUAAAUAAAAUGAAUGUAACAUUACGUGGCAUUGCCUUCACUUUUGGGCCUUGAUAUGUAGUAAAUGAACCCAGUGUCUAUACCAUAUCCAGUAUCAGGAGAUACGUUUAUACUAUAUGCUUUAAUAGUGGGCAACACAGUUGAGCAGUGCUAAAUGUUAUCCACUAGAGGGCGCCAACAACUUCAGGCCUAAUACUCAUUGUACAUACAGUAUAUUGUUUAAUGCACAUGCAUCCAUCCACACCAUUUUUUUUACAUUGACAGCAACUGAAGCUUUAUGUACAGAAAUGUGUAUUGCUAGUAAAUAUAUCUGCAGUCCAAGUCAACAGAUUGUAUAAUCCAUUAGUUUAUCUACCAAGAGCUUAAUAAUUAUAAAAAAAAACUGUAUGUUCAAAUCAUUAAGAUAACAGCUAACAUUAUAUAACAUAAUAUCACUGGCUGAAUUCACAUCGGCACCAUUUGGGCUGCAUGCGAAACAACAUGCGACCACAAUAGAACCCAACAGUCUCCAUUAUAAGUCAGUGGGAUCCAUCAGGCAAUCCUGGGGUCCCGCCAUGUGACUGAUCUGUUUUUAUCAGAAACCAUGACCAGAUGUGAACAGAUUCUCCUAAAGGUACACUGAGAUAAUAGAAGGCUCCCCCAAUAUAAGCAGCCAAGAGCAGUGUCAUCCAUAUGGCUGGACACCCUUCAUUUUAGAGGUGGCACUGUGGGGAAAACCAGUGAUCAUUCGGGCUGUCAGCAGUGGGCCUCUCUAUGAUUAGCUGGUCUCAGUGGGACAAUCUAUUUGUGGGUGACUAUGGUAACCCAAAGUGUAAUUACAAAUCUAAGAAUCCUUCACUGAGGCCUGUAUCGUAUUCAUGGACUGCACAGAUCAGUUACACAAAUAAUAGCGCCUGUCAGCUCUCCUGAUACAUCGGUUUAGCUAAUACUUGCCCCCCUUAUAAAAGAUCAAUGUACUUGAAACUAUGUUUUGUACCUGUCAUUCAUUCCAAAAAUGUAUAACUACAUUGACAAAUCCCCUUUCUAUACACCCCUUGUCUGACACGUAAUCAGUUUUGACAAUGUCAGGUCCUAUUCACACUUAAUUUCAUUCUACUUAAAGCAACCCUCCAGUCCAAGCGGAUUUGACUGUACAUUGCUAUACAAUAUAUAAUCAACGUACCUGGUGCCGUCCUCACGCUCCAUCCUGUUUCUGUUCAUCUGAUCUUCUACUUCAUUGCUUUCAUAACAAAAUGGCUGACAGUCUGAGACAGCGCAAUGCAUGGUGUGCAGCGAUAAUCUGAGAUACGCCCCAACUGUCCUUGGAUGGACCAGCACCUCUGCCAUCGGUGCCGGUCCAUCCGGGAGCAGGGGGAUGUGUCAGACUAUCACUGCAUAACAUAGUCCAAAACUGAGUUGUCCAUUUAGUGAAGAAAGCAACAGGGAGUGUCCGCAGGAUCGAUCAUAAAUUUGUCAGAUUUUCAGUUUAAACUUGAGAGUUGCUUUAAACAGAUAUUACAGGAGGGCUGAUAGGUAAUCUUUAAAGGGAUUUCCAGGAUAUUUUUAUAUUAAUGACCUAUUUGGGGUCCAAUACUCUGCACCCCGCCGAUCAGCUGUUCUGAAGUAGCUCCGGCGAUGGACCUACACAGUUCCUUCCAUCUCGUAGACGACAAAGCUAGUUACAGCAAUGCUGCUCCCAUUGCAGUGAAUGGUAGCAGUGCUGCAGUGACCUGCUCUAUCCGCUACACAAUGGACGAAGAUGUGUAGUUCUGAGCUACUUUGGAACAGCUGUUUGGCGGGGUGCAGUGUUGGACCCCCACCAAUCAGAUAUCAAAAUAAACAUCCUGGACAACCCCUUUAAGUACUACAUACCAAUAGUUCAGUUCCUAGUGUGAUCACAAUUGUUAGCUGUUUUUCUUUGUUUAGAUUUUGAAUUUGGAGAUCUUCAAAUGCUGUUGUAAUUAUCCUGAAUAAAAGUAUAUUUUAUAGUUA